CUGAAGUGAAAAGAAGAUGAGCCCAUGGAAAUCUCAUCAUCUAUAAGCUCAGAAGAAAAACCAGUGGCUGUGGUUUGAGAGAGAGAAAGAAAGGGAGGGAAAGAAGAGGGUGUGUGUGUGUAAUGGUUACAAAUGAGUUCAAUAUCCCAAAGUGUAUUGAUGGCACUUGCUGUUACAGUGAACAAAUUUGCUUCAUCAAAUGUUCAUGCAGUUCAAAGAAAAGAAGCUAAAAGAUCCUCUGCAACAUCUCCUGCCUUUUCAAGAAGAGGAAUCCUCUCAUCUACUUUGGUUGCUGCUUAUCCUGUCACCACUGACUCUAAAACUGAGCUUCUUAACAAAUAUUUAAAGAAAUCAGAAGAAAACAAGGCCAAAAAUGACAAGGAGAGAUUGGAUAGCUAUUACAAGCGCAACUACAAGGAUUACUUUGACUUUGUAGAAGGAUCUUUAAGAGCAAAGAAAGAGCAAGACCUAACUGAAUCAGAGAAGGGUAUUCUUGGUUGGCUAAAGCGUAACAAAUAACAAAUAUAUAUGUAUAAAUCUUUUGUACAAAAGCUUUUGGAAUUUUGGUCUUUUUUAAGCCGCUUCCCUCAUUCUAUUAAAUAAAAACUGCACUAAAUGCACUAUAAA